AUGCUGAAUGUCGAGACCCAACAGUCGACUGUUGUCACCAGUGAUGGUUCUGCAAAAGAAGUUGUGUGGAUUGAUGAUGAGACUAUUGUAUUUCUCCAGUCUGAAGACGAUGGUACCACGUCCAUUGGCGUUGGAAACCCCGAGAACUUCGAGAAUAGUAAACAAAUAGCUGGUAACAUCCCAGGACCAGUAGAAAAUCUCAAAGUGAAGGAUCUUGGUGAAGGCUGGUAUGGCGUGGCCGUAUCUGGCAAGGCGCAACCUGACGACACAUUGCUCAAUCCCCAGAAGGUUGAGCACCCGUACUCUUCUGGCAGACUCUACAACAGCGGAUUUGUUCGCCACUGGGACACCUGGACGGACCAGAAUCGUAAUGCAAUCUUCCUCACCAAGUUGCACAAGAAGGAAGAUGGCACCUUUGAGCUCAAUCAAGCUGGAAUUAAGAACGCGCUUGCAGGCACGAAACUUUCCAGCCCAAUUGAACCGUUCGGCGGAGUGGACCACUUUGAUAUAGGAGUCUACGGACUUGUCUUUACUUCAAAGGAUGCCACCCUCAAUCCAGCGACACAUACCAAGACGAACAUACACGUAGUCGCAAAACGAGGGUUCUGGCACAACUUGUUCUACGAAGAGUUCCCAGAGAUCAAAACAGUGACAAUCGACGGGUUCGAAGGUGCUUGCACAAGCCCCGUCUGGUCGAAUUCGGGGAAGAUGAUCGCCUUCCUGGCCAUGAAGACGGAUGGUUAUGAGUCCGACAAGAAUCAGCCUUUUAUCAUUCACGACUACACCAACCCUUCGGAGCUCACACCGAUAUUCGCCAGCAAAGAUGGGAAGGGCAAAUGGGAUCGGAGCCCGCAGUCGAUAACUUGGAGUAAGGAUGACUGGCAUCUCUAUUUCCUUGCAGAAGAACAUGGACGUGGUUGCUUGUUCAGUGCUGGCCCUCCCACAGCGAAGGAUGCUGAUUCACCUUUGCCCUCACUAUUGGUAAAGGGUGGCACGAUUGGUGCAGCUACGGUCCUUAGUAAUGGCGACCUUUUCCUUACAUCGACAAGCUUGAUCGAGAACAGUCUGUACUCAGCUGUACCUCUCAGCGCCCGCAAAGGCCGAAACGAUACGUACACUCUUCCUAUCGAUGAUCGUCCUUUCGACGCAAACCCCGACAGUCUAACCACGAAAUACGUAUCGUCCAGCUCGCGCUCAGGGUCCAUGUUCGGCCUUUCCCGCGCGCAAGUCGACGAGAUACACUUCCCCGGUGCCGCAAAAGAUACUUCAGUUCACGCAUGGGUCAUCAAACCCAGCAAUUUCUCCUCCAAGAAGACCUACCCACUUGCGUACCUAAUCCACGGUGGCCCACAAGGUGCCUGGACAGACGGCUGGUCCACGCGCUGGAACCCCGCCGUCUUCGCAGAGCAAGGCUACGUAGUCAUCUGCCCGAACCCAACAGGAUCCACAUCCUACGGGCAAGAUUUCUGCGACGCGAUCCGCGGCCAAUGGGGCGGAUUGCCAUACGAAGACAUCGCGCUCGGCUUCGACUGGAUCAAGGAGAACUUGAACUACGUCGACACGGACCGCGCCGUUGCACUCGGUGCAAGUUACGGCGGCUACAUGAUGAACUGGGUGCAAGGCCACGAGCUCGGUCGGAAAUUCAAGGCCCUGGUAACUCACGACGGCAUUUUCAGUAUGGCGGGUCAGAUGGCGUCAGAAGAGCUGUAUUUCCCCUUCCACGACCUGACCGGCAAGCCGUGGGACAAGCCUGAGGAAUGGGCGCAAUGGGAUCCUAGCCGCUUUACAGAGAACUGGGACACACCUCAUCUGAUUGUACAUAGCGAGUUGGAUUACAGGCUGACGGUAAGUGAGGGCUUGGCGGCGUUCAAUGUGCUGCAGACUCGGGGUGUGGAGAGUCAGUUUUUGACGUUCCCGGAUGAGAAUCAUUGGGUGCUUAAGCCGGAGAACGGGCUUAUGUGGCAUGAGGUUGUGUUGGAUUGGAUCAAUAAGCAUGUGGGGCUCGAGAAGUAUACAAAGGGGAGGGAGAAGCAAGGCUUAGAGAUGGGUGAAAAGACGUUGGCGAUCCGUUGA